AUGGCCCCUCGCGGAUUCGAGGAUGAGGAGCUGACAAUAUCUCUCUCCUCUUCCCACGUGCGCCGACAGUUCCAGCCGCCGCCGCCGCCUCAACAAUCCGACAAUGGACCCGAGGAGCAGGUCCUAUCCCCUCGGCCCGGUGCCGCUGAGAUGCCGACUAGGAAGAAGACAGAACAGCGAAUCGGUGCUUAUAAGGUUGUGCGUACCUUGGGAGAAGGAUCUUUUGGGAAAGUCAAGCUUGCCAUUCAUCAUGGAACUGGACAGCAGGUCGCUCUUAAGAUCAUCGCAAGAAAGAAGCUGAUCAGCCGUGACAUGGCUGGCCGUGUCGAGCGGGAGAUCGAGUACCUCCAACUGCUGCGACAUCCACAUAUCAUCAAAUUAUACACUGUGAUUAAAACUCCCAACGAGAUCAUCAUGGUCCUUGAGUAUGCAGGCGGUGAGCUUUUCGACUACAUUGUUGCCCACGGGCGGAUGAAGGAAGCAGAAGCCCGCCGAUUUUUCCAACAAAUGCUGUGCGCAGUUGAAUACUGCCAUCGUCAUAAGAUCGUCCAUCGCGACCUUAAGCCAGAAAAUUUGCUUUUGGACGAGAAUCUCAAUGUCAAGAUUGCCGAUUUCGGUUUGAGCAACAUCAUGACAGACGGUAACUUUCUCAAGACAAGCUGUGGCAGCCCGAAUUAUGCUGCGCCAGAAGUUAUUGGCGGUAAGCUCUAUGCUGGCCCUGAAGUGGACGUAUGGAGCUGCGGUGUCAUUCUCUACGUCCUCCUGGUGGGCCGUCUGCCUUUCGACGAUGAACAUAUCCCUAGCCUGUUCGCCAAGAUCGCAAGAGGAACAUAUAGCAUUCCGCAAUGGAUGCCUACUGGCGCAGCCAACCUCAUCAAAAAGAUGCUUGUCGUGAAUCCGGUUCAGAGAGCUACGAUUGAUGAUAUUCGAGAGGACCCAUGGUUCCUGAAGGAUCUCCCUCCAUAUCUGGCGCCUCCAGCUGAAGAAUUUCUUCACACCGGAGUGGACCCUAACAAGGCUAUUGAAAAGAGCGACCUUGCGCCAAAUGCCCCCGAGAAGGUGCAAGAGAGGCUGCAUAAUGAAAUCACCGAAAAGAUUAGUAAAACGAUGGGUUACGGGAAAGGUGACGUUGAGGAAGCACUGCAGGCCGAGGAGCCCUCAGCUAUCAAGGAUGCCUACAUGAUUGUGAGAGAAAACAAACUUAUGCAGGUGAACCAACACCCAGAGAUCUUGCUCGCUGAGCCAGAGAGUGCCAGCCCAAUGAUGAGCCAAUCAUCCAAGUCGGGGAUAUCGAGCAGCACGGUAUCUCCUCGGCCAUACGUCAGCAAAAUUGGUAUUCUGCCAAGCAGUCUCCCGAACUACCACAAGGACUUUUGGGAGCGCCAGAAGACUGGACGGGAGCAAGUCACCCCUUCAGAAACAACAGGUAUCGAAGAGCCCCCUUCAUCAAGAACAGAUGCAGAGAGGCAAGAAAUGGCACGCCGUCUAAAGCCUCACUCUCGAAGCCAGCUGCGUAUCGAAGAGGCCGCUGUCAAGCGGCCUCAGGGGCUAACGCCCGUGAGCACCCAAAAGAAAACCAAGCCUGUGAGGUGGCAGUUUGGCAUCCGAUCGCGUAAUGCGCCUUGGGAAGCCUUACUCACAAUUCACAAGGCUUUGCGUAAAUUGGGUGCAACGCAUGUACCUGAUGAAGAUUUCGACCCUAACCAGGGCAGAGGUAGUGAUGGUGGCCACAGUGGGCAGGGCAGCUUUGCCGAUUAUUAUGAUGGCAGAUCUGCUGGUGGUCGUUCGACUACAAGCCUCGACCCUACUCAAAGAUACAAGCUCCCCGCCGACCCUUGGCACAUCAAAGUUAGGUGGGACGCUUCAACAAUCCAAAAGAAGGUCCGCAAUUUGCCUGUGGGACCUGGGAAAGAUAUUGCUGGCAGCCCAGAUAGCUACCAACUCUCCACGGCAGAAGGCGGCCCGCCGAAACCCUUUGUUGCCAUGCAUUUAGAUAUCCAGAUUUAUGAAAUGGAGCAGGGGGUCUACCUGGUCGAUUUCAAGUGCUCAGGCUACGAGACGGCCCAUGGCAAGAUGCUAGAGGAGAAGGAGGUUACCAGUCCAUAUCCCUUCCUGGAUAUGGCAGCGAAACUUAUCAUGCAGCUCGCCGAGGCAGGCUAA